AUGUCGGACGAUGAGAGGGAGGAGAAGGAGUUGGAUCUCAGCUCUCCUGAAGUAGUCACCAAAUACAAGAGUGCCGCUGAGAUUGUUAACAAGGCUCUGCAGUUGGUAAUAUCCGAAUGCAAACCGAAAGCUAAGAUUGUGGACCUUUGUGAGAAAGGUGAUUCAUACAUCAGAGAGCAAACUGGUAAUAUGUACAAAAAUGUGAAGAAGAAGAUUGAACGAGGUGUUGCCUUUCCAACUUGCAUUUCUGUGAACAACACUGUAUGCCAUUUCUCCCCGCUUGCCAGUGACGAGACAGUGUUGGAAGAAGGAGAUAUUCUGAAGAUUGAUUUGGGUUGUCAUAUUGACGGGUUCAUUGCCAUAGUUGCACAUACUCAUGCUCUUCAAGCAGGGCCUGUUACAGGAAAGGCAGCUGACGUUAUUGCAGCUGCUAAUACUGCUGCUGAAGUUGCCUUAAGGCUUGUAAGGCCAGGAAAAAAGAAUAAAGAUGUAACAGAGGCGAUCCAAAAGGUUGCUGCAGCUUAUGACUGCAAAAUUGUUGAAGGUGUUCUUAGCCAUCAGUUGAAGCAGUUUGUGAUCGAUGGGAAUAAGGUCAUAUUAAGCGCAUCCAAUCCAGAUACAAGAGUUGAUGAGGCAGAAUUUGAGGAGAAUGAAGUUUAUUCAAUUGAUAUUGUCACAAGCACAGGUGAAGGAAAGCCUAAGCUGUUGGAUGAGAAGCAGACGACUGUCUACAAAAGAGCUGUUGACAAGAACUAUCACCUGAAGAUGAAAGCUUCUAGGUUUAUUUUCAGUGAAAUAAGGGAGAAGUUUCCCAUCAUGCCAUUCACUGCUAGAGCUUUGGAAGAGAAAAGGGCUAGGCUGGGUUUACUUGAAUGCGUCAACCACGAGCUUCUGCAGCCAUAUCCUGUUCUUCACGAGAAACCUGGUGAUUUGGUUGCCCAUAUCAAGUUCACUGUCUUGCUGAUGCCAAAUGGAUCAGAUCGGAUUACAUCUCAUCCUUUACAGGAGCUGCAGCCCACUAAACAAAUAGAUGAUCCUGAAAUCAAAGCCUGGUUGGCUUUGGGGACAAAGACCAAGAAGAAAGGUGGCGGCAAAAAGAAAAAGGGUAAGAAGAGUGACAAAGCUGAGGAGUCUGCAGAAGCCGAACCAAUGGAUGCGACAACAAAUGGUGCUGAGUCUCAAGCAUGA